CUCUUCUUCCACUCAAACUCAACCAUUUGCAGGGGUGCAGGUUUAUGCAAGGGCCAAAACCCAACUCCUCGGAGAGACGAAAAAUGACCGAGGAAUGUUUCUACAGCAACGACUAAAGAAUUUCGGAUCCACAGAACAAAGCGAGCUUCUCGCAAAUCUUGCAGACAAUGCCGAGGUGGGAGAAGCUGAGAGAAUCCAGGAAUCGAUGGCAGGCACGGUGGCAACGUCUCCUCUACCUACAACCGCCCUCCCAGGAGGUCGUUGUCUAUCCAGAAGAGAGGGCGAUGAUGGGUUUGUGGGCCUGUCCCUGACUCUCACUGCCAUUGCUUGUGGCUCAAUUAGAAUGCCACAGCGUGAGCAUGAGAAAGAGAGGUGGCUUGUUUCCUUUCUGAUAAGUCAGGGUACAAGGAAGGAUCAGGGCCCUGUUCUGCGGGGUUUUACUGGGGAGCUCGAAGAUUACAACAUCGUCACAAUUACUGCGAGAAGGCGAGCGACGUUAACAAUCCUCAUCAACGACAUCGCCCCACUGUCUAUAUCUUCACUACUUGGAAGCAAGUGUUUUUUGUAGUGAAAGACCCCACGACCUCGUGAACUGUCACGGAGCUCCGGCAUUAGUUUUUUCCGCGAUGUUGCAAUGAUUCCGAACCCAGUGAAAGCUGCUGCAGCUACUCUCACUUCCAACCCAUCCUUGUCAUUGCCCAAUCGAAGUGAACCGAAUGCAGUAGACCUUGUGCAGAUGGUGCAGACCCAAAGCAGUUCAGGUAAGCUCAAGAGGUUAAUGCACACGAGGAGGGCAUUCAGUGGUUGGACAAGUACAAAGGAGCGACGGACUUAGAGAAAAAAAGCCUCAUGCAAAGACAGACAGGAAUUGCUGAUAGCUCCAUCUCCAAGGUAAAAAGCAAAAGCCCAUAAAAUUGCAAAAAAAAUACCAAAAGAAGAAUCCUACAGCAGCUUUCGCGAACUCGAACAGUUAGCUCUAGAACCGUGCUGACUUGAAUGCUUCUGGUGACAUGCUUUGAUUUGAUUUCUGUGUUGGCAUUGAAGCAAUGUGGGUUUCAAUCCUGUGCCACCUCACGGCAUCCUCAGCCCAGCGUAGUGGGGAGUCAUGCGCAUCCUAGAUGUGCAAUCUUUUGUGGAUUGUUCCAGAGCUCGAUCAAUCUGUCUACCACAUCGUUGCAGAUUCCUUGCCUUCGACAAUGCUGCAGCAACAGCCACACCAUGAGGACGUAACCAUAGCCACAGCUAUGAUCAACGAGGUGACAGAGUUCCAGUUUGGGGCGUUUUCAGUCACGGUUGAUCCAUACAUGUGAAUGGCAAAGCUUGUAAAAA